AUGAAUUUUACAGCAAUCACUUUGGACGAUGAAAAGAAUCUGUUUGGUAUUGAAGGGAUGGAAGAGAGAUUUCUGGAUGCAACGAAGAAACCAUAUGACUCUUCCGGUAUCUGGCUCAAUUCCCCAGAAAUGCCGCCGCACCCCAGGAAACCCUAUUUCCAUGUCGUUCGAUGCAAGACCAAAAUUAUCCAUAGCGUCGGGGCACCCGACGAUAGUUCAUUAACCCUCUCGACGCUCGGUCUCACUCAAAUGCUCGACGGUCGCUCGUUUCGUAGUUGCAAGAUCCCAUUUAUAUCUCAUACACCAGCGAGCACGACGUACUGGAAGGAUGUCACUACUGGAGGGCCAGGCGUGUUUCUUGUAACACUCUGCAAGAAAGCAGAUCCUAGAUGGGAAGAACAAGGGUUGAAGGUGGCUAUAUGCCUGACCCUUAAAAUAUUAGAUGACGAAGAGAUGCGCGAUGCACCCGAUGGCAUGAAGCUCGCUCUCCCGCGCCCGCGCCCGACAUUUAUCUCGUUAGAAAGAAUCACAACUGGAUAG